GCAGGAGCAGCAGCGGCGGCGGCGGCGGCAGCUGGGAGGAGGUGGUGACGGUGGCAACGGCAGCGUCGGGGACGAUGGCGCGACUGGUGGCAGUGUGCAGGGACGGGGAGGAGGAGUUCCCCUUCGAGAGGAGGCAGAUUCCCCUCUACAUAGACGACACCCUCACGAUGGUGAUGGAAUUCCCUGACAAUGUUUUAAAUCUCGAUGGGCAUCAGAAUAAUGGUGCACAACUAAAGCAGUUUAUUCAGCGACAUAGCAUGCUUAAGCAGCAAGAUCUAAGUAUUGCCAUGGUGGUGACGUCACGUGAAGUAUUGAGUGCACUUUCUCAGCUUGUCCCAUGUGUUGGUUGUCGUCGCAGUGUGGAGCGCCUCUUUUCCCAGCUUGUAGAGUCUGGAAAUCCUGCACUUGAACCCCUGACAGUAGGGCCCAAGGGAGUCCUAUCUGUAACUCGAAGCUGCAUGACUGAUGCAAAGAAGCUUUAUACCUUAUUUUAUGUACAUGGGUCCAAACUUAAUGACAUGAUAGAUGCUAUUCCAAAAAGUAAAAAGAACAAGAGAUGUCAGUUGCACUCCUUAGAUACGCACAAACCAAAACCUUUGGGAGGUUGUUGGAUGGACGUAUGGGAACUAAUGUCCCAAGAAUGCAGGGAUGAAGUAGUUUUAAUCGACUCUAGUUGUCUUUUAGAAACACUAGAAACUUACCUGCGAAAACACAGGUUUUGCACUGAUUGCAAAAAUAAAGUCCUCCGAGCAUACAACAUCCUUAUUGGUGAACUUGAUUGCAGCAAAGAGAAGGGCUACUGUGCUGCACUUUAUGAAGGCUUGCGGUGCUGUCCACACGAACGGCACAUACACGUUUGCUGUGAAACAGACUUCAUUGCACAUCUCUUGGGUCGUGCUGAGCCAGAGUUCGCAGGAGGGUAUGAGCGAAGAGAAAGGCAUGCUAAGACAAUAGAUAUAGCUCAAGAGGAAGUUCUGACCUGCUUGGGAAUUCAUCUUUAUGAAAGACUGCAUCGAAUCUGGCAAAAACUACGAGCAGAGGAGCAAACAUGGCAGAUGCUUUUCUAUCUUGGUGUUGAUGCUUUACGCAAGAGUUUUGAGAUGACUGUGGAAAAAGUACAGGGUAUUAGCCGAUUAGAACAACUUUGUGAAGAAUUUUCAGAGGAGGAACGAGUAAGAGAACUCAAGCAAGAAAAGAAACGCCAAAAACGGAAGAAUAGACGAAAAAAUAAAUGUGUAUGUGAUAUUUCUACUCCCUUACAAGCAGCAGAUGAAAAGGAAGUAAGCCAAGAGAAGGAAACAGACUUCAUAGAAAACAGCUGCAAAGCCUGUGGCAGCACUGAAGAUGGUAAUGGUUGUGUAGAAGUCAUUGUUACCAAUGAAAAUACAUCCUGUACCUGUCCUAGCAGCGGCAAUCUCUUGGGGUCCCCUAAAAUAAAGAAAGGCUUAUCACCACACUGUAAUGGUAGUGAUUGUGGAUAUUCAUCUAGCAUGGAAGGGAGUGAAACAGGUUCUCGGGAGGGUUCGGAUGUUGCCUGCACUGAAGGCAUUUGUAAUCAUGAUGAACACGGUGACGACUCUUGUGUUCAUCACUGUGAAGACAAAGAGGAUGAUGGUGAUAGUUGUGUUGAAUGUUGGGCAAAUUCUGAAGAGAACAACACCAAAGGAAAAAAUAAAAAAAAGAAAAAGAAAAGCAAAAUGUUGAAAUGUGAUGAACAUAUCCAAAAGCUUGGAAGCUGUAUUACAGAUCCAGGUAAUCGAGAGACCUCAGGAAAUACCGUGCACACAGUGUUCCACCGAGACAAGACCAAAGAUGCACAUCCUGAAAACUGUUGCAGUUCUGAAAAGGGUGGGCAGCCACUGCCUUGGUUUGAGCAUAGGAAAAACGUACCACAGUUUGCAGAAUCCACAGAACCGUCAUUUGGUCCUGAUUCCGGAAAAGGUGCCAAGAGCUUAGUUGAACUCCUUGAUGAGUCUGAAUGUACUUCAGAUGAGGAAAUCUUUAUCUCACAAGAUGAAAUACAGUCAUUUAUGGCUAAUAACCAGUCUUUCUACAGCAAUAGAGAACAAUACCGACAGCAUCUGAAGGAGAAAUUUAAUAAAUACUGCCGCUUAAAUGAUCACAAGAGGCCCAUUUGUAGUGGCUGGUUGACAACGGCUGGAGCAAAUUAAAUAAAUAAAAUAGCUCUGUCUUUCAAUGAAACACUCAAGAUGACUACUGCGCCUUCUCUUUCAAAAAACUCUUAAUUUAGUGACUUAUGGCAAAAUUUUAUCUUAAAUCAAUGUGAUUCUUUCUUGUUUUGGGAGACGGUGGAGGUAACCUCAUUAGUUUGUUCUUUCUUCAGGCUUGUGUCUUUAGUUGCGUGGCUGCGCAGGCCUGCCAUAUGAUUUAAGCCAUCUCUCUUCAUUAAAUGUUUCUCUUCCUGUGAGACUUACUAAAGCAACUUAGUGGCAAAAAGUAAUGUUGUACUUAUACUUCUGUACAGAAAUGACAAUGAGCUGAAUAUAUGGUUUUACAAAGUAGACAUCCACUUGCGAAAUGUUUGGAUGUAAUGUUAAAGCGCAAUGUGCAAAAUUUAAAAUAAAGAAUAUUUAUUAAUACGCAUAGUAAAAA